UAAAAAACAAAGCUGUAAUGUCCAUGUGGUGUAAAACAUGGUGUUACCACGGUAUUCUCUUGGGCGUCGCGAGGCUCUGAUAUUCCAGAUGAGCGUGACGCAAGAGUUCCUCAUUAAGCUAAUGGACUGAUCUGAGAUCUGAUACAGUCCAACUCCAGAUCACUUACAGAUCCGAUCAGCGCGUCGCGAUUCUGCUCUCCUGCCCGAGGCGUCGAUCGCGCGGCCGACGCGCCGCAGGUGAGACAUCUGAUGCUCUUCAUGACGCGUCGCGAACACACGCGAGGAAGAUGAUGAAGAGGAAGAGGAUGAUGAUGUGAAUCUGAGGAGGAUUCGCUGCUGGAAUGAUCUACGAUGAUGGUCAAUGAUAUCUCGAUCUGUGUUGUUGUUGUUGUUUGCGGAGUGCGAUGAAGAUGAUGUUUAUGUCCUGUGAUGAAGAUGUUCGCGAUGUUUGGACUGUGAUGAAGAGGAUGUUUGCGGUGUGUGGAUGAAGAUGAUGUUUAUGGUGGCUGGAGCGGUUCUGGUGCUGGCCAUCGUGUGUAUGUCCGACAUGAACGCGCUGCUGGACCGAUUUCACAACUUCAUCCUACCGCGCAUGCGCGGACCCGAGCGCGUGUGUCACUGCACCUGCGGCAGGCAUCUUGUGGAGCACGUGAUCCCGUACGAGGCCUCGGUGUCCCUCGGCUCCUCGGCCGGCAGCAGCGUCAGCAAGCAGGAGCUGGAUCUGGUGCUCGGGCUCCUGAUGGGCUUCUGCAUCAGCUGGAUCCUGCUGUGGCUCGACGGAGCGCUUCACUGCGCACUGCGCUUCUGGAGGACCAGCAGAGCCUGCGGUGCAGACGGUGAGCUGUGGCACUCGUGGCGUUGGGUGUGUCGUGUGUGUAACCUGAGGGAGCUGCGCAGACGCUUGCAGACGCGCCGCACGCCGGAGGACUCCGGGAAUAACGUGGUUCACGUCAAGCAGAAGCUUUACCACAACGGCCACCCGAGCCCCCGCAGACUCUGACACACACACACACACACACACACAAACACACACACACACACACACACACACACACACACACACACACACACACACACACACUUAUCCUCAUGUUCUCAGUGUUUCUGCUUGCUGUGUGUUUCACAGGGUUUGUGUGUGUUAGUUUUGUAGGGGUCUUCCCGUCACCUGAGGGGGGUUUGCAUUUUUUAGACCAAUCUUUGUGUACCGGGUAACAGUGUCUGUUUUAGAAACAAGGCAUGCUGGGUAAUCUCUGAUGUUUAGCUGGCGUCUGACGGCCAGAGAGUCAAUCUGCUGCUGUAUUCAGUGUGUGUGUGACAUUAAACUGAUGGAGGACAAAUCUAGACGUUCUUCAUGAAAUAU